AAAAGUGGAGCCGUCGCGGAAGGUCGGUUGGGUUGGGGCUCGCUCUCAUACAUUAGCUCCCCUAGAGAGUAUUCAUCUCUUUCGCGACCACUGAAAUCCUUCGUGUGGAUCCACUGAGUGCGCAUUGACCUCCGCCAAAUUGUUUAUAAACGUUUCAGUUUUGAGUGUGAUUUGCAUAUGGAAAAUAAACGUGUAUGAAAAAUACCCAAUAAAAAUAAAAUAAAACACCAUUUGGCCGAAAGAGCGUUCUGCUUCAGAGACUAUGAUCUGUGUGUGCUUAAUUGUGCUCUGGCUGUGGCGCUUAAAUCAAAAUAAAUGCGUCUAAAUAUGAAAACAAAAGACUGGCAUUAUAUUUAAAACAGAACGUGGCUCUUGUUCGCCGAUAUCGCUAGUAAUAUUGAUACCGGACAGAACCUUGUACCAUCCACAAGCUGUGAGGUGGUGGGGUACAUUUUGCGAGAUUUCUGCCUUAUCUGGAGUGGCAAUCGUUGGGCGAGCACUUCACAAAGAACUCAGGAAACAAACUAAAUAAAUAACUAGUAAAAAUAAAAGUCAAGAGUGGCCCAAAUACAAAUCACCCGCUGAGCGAGCGAGCGAGCGAGCGAGCGAGAUGUUAAUGCAAUGCCUUGGCUUGCCAUGCCAAUUAAUUAGUGCAUAAAAAGUUAAAUUAACUGGCGUAAAAGUCGGAGCAGACAAUGAGGGAGAGGCACCACUAAGCGCCUUCACUUUUCUCUUUCAAGAAACCAUUUGUAAUUUUCACCCGUUCAAAUUUUCCGCAGACCAAUGAAAAUGUAACUCCAAGCGAAUCAACAGCAACAAAUUAUGAAAUUGGGCUGCAAAGCCAAGAAAAAGGAAUAAUAUUUGUAUUUGUGUAUGCAAUUUGUGCAACAUUCGCCGCCUGCCACUGUGUGUUGCACCAACAAUAGAGUGAUUAGUGCCACCCCGAUCCAAAGUACUACCCAUUCAAACGGAGUCGCGUAUUACAACGAAAAUAUCAACUUUGCUUUCGGUUGUCAACGGUCAUAAACGCAUCGUUAUGACUGUCUCAGCAAUGGCAUCUAAUCGCCGAUGGAUCUAUCGUAGUUGGAUCUUAAUAGGUCUGACCACCUUGUGGCUGCUAAUCGCUCCCGUUAGCCCCCACAAUUAUGAUGGCUAUGAGUCCCACUCCUCGUCCCCCACCUCCUCCUCCGUCCACAUUGAGCUGCGCCGCAAGAGGAGCUUGCAGUGGAAUGGCAUUGAGCUGGACGCGAACACACUGCUGGGGCACUUGAUGGAUCAUGAGCGGGCCCUGAUCUUUGGCACACCAUCGGCGGGCGAGGCGCCCGAUUUCAAGCUGGUGCACCUGGAGCAGGAGGAGGAGGAGGAGAACAGCGUGAAACGACGCCGCAGACGCAGCAUGCCAUUGCCCCAAGACGCCGAUAGCUCCCAUGGGCAAGGGAAUGGCGCUGAAGAGGGAGUGGAGGCCAGACUGCAACUGCAUCAGGCGCCGCAGCUGAUCGACGAUGCCUUCAUCUUCAUCCGUCGCACCGCCAACGGGACGCAGUUCGUGGAGCAUUCGCCGCAGUUGCUGAAGCGUCUGGAGAGCUGCUUCUACAGGAGUCCGGCGGCGGCCCUCGAUCUCUGCGAAACGGGCACUGCGCGUGGCGUGUUCCAGCAGAAUGCCAGCGACUUUGUGAUCCAUCCGCUACCCGCUCGCUUCGGAGCGGGCAACCAUGUGAUCUACCAGGCCCGCUUGGAUAGGAACAAUUUCGGUCGGCUGGGGGGGGCACUGGAUCCGUUAGACAGCCAGCUGCAGUUCGAGCCCGAUGCAGAGGAAUUCAACGAACCGAAGCCGAGACUCCGAGCCCAGACACAGUCGCAGUCCCAGUCCCCGCUGAGACUGCGCUUCCAGCCGCGACAUCAUCAUCAUCAUCAUCAAGAGAAGAGCCAACACGAGAACCAGAGAAAGAAUCUGAAACAUCACCAGAAGCAUGGACGCCGUCGUCGCUUCAUUGGGCCGCCGCCACGCGGCUUGUCAGUGCCCGAGGAGCUGUUCAUCGAGACGGCCAUCUUCGUGGACAGGGAUCUGUUCGCGCACAUGCAGCGGAACUUCCCCGCCGACACGGAGAGCAAGAUGAUCAGCUUCGUGCUGGCCAUGAUCAACGGGGUGCAGCUGCUCUACCACCACCCGACGCUCGGGCGGCGCAUCAACUUUGUGCUGAAGCGCCUGGAGAUCUGGAAGUCCUGGGAUCCCGCCAGCCUGUCGCGCUCCAGCGACGUGGACCACUACCUGAACAGCUUCUGCGAGUGGCAGGAGAAGCUGAAUCCCUUCUCGGACUUGCAUCCCCUGCACUACGAUCAUGCCCUCAUCCUGACGGGCCUCGACCUGCGCACAAUCACCAAGGAUGGCAAGGCCAACAGCCAGGUGGUGGGCCUGGCCCCCGUGUCCGGCAUGUGCACGCCCGUCUCCUCCUGCACCAUCAACGAGGCCAAGCACUUUGAGAGCGUCUUUGUGGUGGCCCACGAAAUCGGACACAAUCUGGGCAUGCGGCAUGACACCAAGGAGAACAGCUGCGACCCCAGCAUGCACAUCAUGUCCCCAAAGUUGGGCAGUGGCAAGGUCACAUGGUCCAAGUGCUCCCGCACCUAUCUGGAGGACUUCCUACUAGAGCCACAGGCCGAGUGCCUCUUCGAUCGGGGACAGUUUCUGGAUAACUUGGACCAUUCCGCGGGUGGGAUACCGCCCGGCGAACGCUUCGAUGCCAACCAGCAGUGCAUGCUGCGCUUUGGCAAGAACUUUAUGCGCGCCAGCAGCCAGAGCAAAGCGGAGAUCUGCCGGGAUCUCCACUGUCGGCAGGAUAAGCUGCCCUGGACCUCACAUCCGGCCCUGGAGGGCACCGAAUGCGGGGAGAGAAUGUGGUGUCGCGGUGGCUCUUGUGUGGCUCGCUCGUCGCAGGAGACCGCCCUGGCGUCCUACAGGCAGUGGCCGCACAAGCCGAGCUAUGAGAAGGCCAGCUUCAUGGAGUCCAACAGGAUCGGGCCGCUGCUGAGCGAGCAGGCCAGGCCGUCGGGCAACGAGCUGCCGGGAGCUGUCACCAACUGGAGCGCUUGGAGCGAGGGCAGCAAAUGCGAAUCGGAGUGCCUGUACGGACCCUCGAAUCGGCUGCGCGAGGGCAGCACCGGACUGCGUACCUUCAACCGCAGCUGCCUCAACUACCGGCAGCGGUGCAUGGGCCAGGAUCGGCGCUUCGAGAGCUGCAUCGCCAAGCAGUGCUACAGUGUGCCGGUCCAGACGAUCGCCAACUUCGCCACCCAGGUGUGCAUGCAGGCCAAGAAGCUGGACGGCGAGCUGACGGGCGAGGGGCAGCAGGUGAGCUCCACCUUUGAGGACUCCUGCAAGGUGUUCUGCCGCACCAGGACCAAUGCGACCAAGUCGCGUCGCUGGACCUUUCCCGACGGCACCACCUGCCGGUCCAAGCACCACAGCGCGGAGGACAUUGCCUACUGCAUCUCGGGGCGCUGCGAGCGCUUCUCCUGCGACAAUUCCACGAACAACUUCUACAGAAUGGACCAGACCUUCUGCCAGUCGAGGGCAAGGGACUCUGCGAAUGAGGAGAGCAGGCAACAGCAGCAGCAGCAGCAGCAGGCAGUGACCCAAAAGCGCUAUGCGGAAAAGCAGGAGGGAGUCACGCCCAGAAAUCGCUUUGAGAAUGAAGUGGCCGUGCGCAGCUUCUAUGGGCAGGACAACCACAUCAGACCCCAGCAGCAGCAGCAGCAGCAGCAGCAGCAACAGCCACAGCCGCAUAAGAGGAAGGUCUACGAGUCGUACCACAAGUAUCCACCCAGGGAGGAGCAGCCACAGAGGGCGGCCCCGCCACCAGCCUCUGCCUCGCUGAUCGCCAUCGAUCGCAGUUCCUCGGCGGAGACCGAAUGGGAGGUAAAGUCGGGCUGCCACUCCAACUGCAUGGCCGACUCGAAGGGCAUCCAGGCGGUGAGGUCGCGGGUCACGCGCGAGGAGACUUUCCAGCUCUGCACGCAUCGCGCGAAGCCCUGCGAGCGCCUGCAGACGGCCGCGGAGUAUGCGGAGCAGACCUGCGCCAGCUACAGGAUGAAGGUGCGCGGCCUCUCCGGCCACGGGGCCCAGAUCUCGGCCAGCAUGGACGAGCCGGAUCGCAGCUGUCGCGUCGGCUGCCAGGACGAGUUCAUCAAGUACCGGUACUACCUUGUGAACGGCAAGAACGGACACUUUCCCAUGGGCACGCGCUGCUCGCAGGUGAGCAAGCGAUUCUGCGUUUACGGCAAGUGCCUGGAGUUUGGCGACGACAACCUGCCACUGGAGAAGUCUCACAUCAGCCUGGCCCUGCUCCGGACGCGUCGCGAGGCGUUGGUUUCGCGCCGGAAGCGAAGCUUCCAGCCGGCAUCUCCGUUUCCCCAGUACAACAUCGAGCGAGGAUAUCUUCAUGCUGCCUCGUCGGACCACAUCGAAUUCACCCAUCCCAUUCACGUCUCCGCAGACGAACUGAGUAGCAAGAGCUGAUAGCCAGGCAUCCCCUUAGUCUCCUAAGUAUUAAGUUAGACCUACGCUUAAGGCUGUCCGCAAACUGCCUGAGAAAUAUACACGAAUUACUUCAUA